AUGUUCCCCGCGCCCUUCUCCGGCCUGGAUUCUGCUGCCGGGGCGCGAGUCGUCCGGACAGUCGGGCGGCCGCGGGGACCCGGCUACGUCGGAGGCUCCAACGGGGACCCAGCCGGCGGCCCCCACCCUGCGCUGCCGACGCGCGCUCCCGACCCCCUCCCAUCCUCUCGGGUUCACACCCACGCCCCCAGUCCUACUUGGUGCUGUGCGGCCGCGGCGGCUGAGGCGGCGGAACCCGGGAGAGCAGGUGAGAAGGGCUGGGCGGACGGGCGGAGCAUGGCGCGGGGAGCGGAAAGCUGCGGACAGAGGUCUCCCCUCGGCUUCCACAGCCCAGGAAUCAUCAAGAUGCCCAUCCUGGAAAAAGGCUCCCAGGCGAUGGCUGCAGAAACCACCAGCGGCGAGGAGGAGGAGCCUAUCACGCAGCUGCUAGGCAGCAAGGAGCUGCCCAAGCUGCCGGUGCCCCCCCUGCAGCAGACCCUGGCCACCUACCUGCAGUGCAUGCGACACCUGGUGCCUGAGGAGCAGUUCCGGAAGAGCCAGGCCAUCGUGCAGCGUUUUGGGGCCCCUGGUGGCCUGGGCGAGACCCUGCAGCAGAAACUCCUGGAGCGGCAACGGGAGACAGACAACUGGGUGUCUGAGUACUGGCUCGAUGACAUGUACCUCAAUAACCGCCUGGCCCUGCCCGUCAACUCCAGCCCCGCUGUGAUCUUUGCUCAGCAGCACUUCCGCGACACCAAUGACCAGCUCAGGUUUGCAGCCAGCCUCAUCUCUGGAGUGCUCAGCUACAAGGCCCUGCUGGACAGCCACUCCAUCCCCACGGACUGCGCCAAGGGCCAGCUGUCUGGACAGCCCCUCUGCAUGAAACAAUACUAUGGGCUCUUCUCUUCCUACCGGCUCCCCGGACAUGCCCGGGACACACUGGUGGCCCAGAAGAGCAGCAUCAUGCCCGAGCCGGAGCACAUCAUUGUAGCCUGCUGCAACCAGUUCUUUGUCUUGGAUGUUGUCAUUAACUUCCGCCGUCUCAGUGAGGGGGACCUGUUCACUCAGCUGAGAAAGAUAGUCAGAAUGGCUGCCAGCGAGGACCGCCGCCUGCCCCCCAUUGGCCUGCUGACGACAGACGGGAGGAGCGAGUGGGCCGAGGCCAGGACGGCUCUUGUGAAAGACUCCACCAACCGAGACUCGCUGGACAUGAUCGAGCGCUGCAUCUGCCUGGUGUGUCUGGACGCACCGGGAGGCGGGGACCUCAGCGACACCAGCCGGGCACUGCAGCUCCUUCACGGUGGAGGCUGCAGCCGGAAUGGAGCGAACCGCUGGUACGACAAGUCCCUCCAGUUCGUGGUGGGCCGAGACGGCACGUGCGGCGUGGUGUGCGAACACUCCCCGUUUGACGGCAUUGUCCUGGUGCAGUGCACGGAACACCUGCUCGCGCACAUGACACAGGGUGGCAAGAAGCUGGUGCGAGCCGACUCGGUGAGUGAGCUCCCGGCUCCCAGGAGGCUGAGGUGGAAAUGUUCCCCGGAGAUCCAAGGACACUUGGCCUCCUCGGCAGAGAGGCUCCAACGAAUAGUCAAGGAUCUCGACUUCCUUGUUUAUCCGUUCGACGGCUAUGGGAAAAGCUUCAUUAAGAAGCAGAAGUUCAGCCCCGACGCCUUCAUCCAGGUGGGCCUGCAGCUCGCCUUCUACAGACUCCACCGGAAGCUGGUACCCACUUACGAGAGUGCGUCCAUCCGCCGGUUCCGCGAGGGCCGCGUGGACAACAUCAGAUCGGCCACGGCAGAAGCGCUGGCUUUUGUGAGAGCCAUGACAGACCACCAGGCUCCUGCCGCUGCUAUGCCCGACUGUGAGAAGCUGCGGCUGCUGAGAGACGCCAUCCGCGCCCAGACCGAGUACACUGUCAUGGCCAUAACAGGGAUGGCCAUCGACAACCACCUGCUGGCCCUGCGGGAGCUGGCCCAGGACCUGUGCAAGGAGCUGCCUGAGAUGUUCACAGAUGAAACCUACCUGAUGAGCAACCGGUUUGUCCUCUCCACCAGCCAGGUGCCCACGGCCAUGGAGAUGUUCUGCUGCUACGGUCCUGUGGUCCCCAACGGGUACGGGGCCUGCUACAACCCGCAGGCUGAGACCAUCCUCUUCUGCAUCUCCAGCUUUCACAGCUGCAAGGAAACGUCGUCCACGGAGUUUGCGAAAGCCGUGCAAGCGAGCCUGGCUGACAUGAGAGACCUCUGCAGUCCACUGCAGCCUGCCCGGGGCAAGCCACCUACAACCAAGGAAGAUGGCCCAAGACCAAGUCAGGGCCACCAACCUUGACUCCCAGGCACCACUAGGUUUCCCGUCCCCAAGCCCAGCCUCCUGCAAAAGCCUGUAGCCGUCCCCCGCCCCAGCUUUCUGCAGCUCCCAGGGCCCCAGGACCCAACCCUAGACCACACAGAGGCAUUAGGUGAGGCUGGAGAAGCUGGUGUGUGAGCAGACAAAGGCCCCUCAUUAUGCAUGGGAACUGUCAAUAUUUAUCAAGGUGCCCUCAGGCCUAGGUGAGGCAGGGCCCUUGCUCCUCCCAGGCUCCUCCCCUCCCGGGGUCCACCUAUUUCCUUUCCCCGCAGGACCUAGCUUGUCCAGGUGAUAUUUCUGCCCACUGAAAGAAUGAAUCACCCUUGGCGUGCAACGCACCUAAGUGAGUCAUGGAAGCAGAGGCUACAUCUGGGUCAUUGCUUCUUUCUUCUGGGGGUAGGGAGUCGGGGAGCAGGGGGCUUAGUUUUCAGAGCAAAAGCACCUGGUCGUGGUGUUCACAGAGCCUCCCCUGAGCCAUGCAGGCCUGCAAACACCCCCUAACCCCACCUACCUACCUACCUACACACACACACACACACACACAGGCCAAGUUCAUCUAAAACGUGGUGACCUGCCCCCCUCCACACACACAUUUCUCCUUUGGUCUCCCAGAGACAGAUCUUCCACUGAGUUCAGAAAAUCGUAUCCAGCUAUCCUGAAAGGAAAAAUAAUGUUUCCACCUAUGACUGUCCAGGAGCCCUGGCAACUGUCUUGCCUCCCAUGUGACAUCAGGGCCAGCCAGUGGCAGGUGGAGUAGGCCACGCCCUCCGGGGGCCUCUCAUUUGCAUUUUCUCCGCCCCUUUCCCAUUGACUCUACCCUGAUAGGUGGAGGGAAAAGAAGGCUGUCCCGGAGUUUCUCUGGCUGUGGCCUGCUUUGUUUUGUUUGUUUUCAAGAGCGAGCUUUUACAGAAAUCCACGGUGACAUUAAUUUCAGAAAAUGAUCUCGGUGGCUCAAGCAGGGCACCCUUUAACAGGAGGGCUCCUUUGGUUGAAGGAUGCCAUCCAGGGAUUCCAUGGCAGCACAGGUGGAGGGGCCCAGAGCCAGGCUUUCCAGCCGGCCUUGGGGACAGAGGGGACAGUGGGCAGAGAGCAGGGCUGGGCGGAGGGAAUGGUGGUGCCCAGCCCAGCCGCAGCUCUGGCUGAGGAAGGGCAGACAGCUCAGACACAGAGCAGCUGAGCCAGGGGAGGCAGUGCACGAGCAGGCGCUGGGCACAUUUUUUUUAAAGGGCAGAGGAGCAGGGGCGCGUGAGCUGUGUUCCCCCAUCGCGAGGCAACUCUGCUGCUGCGGGGGUCCCGGGGAAGUGCCCCUAACCCAGGCUGCAUCAUUCUGGGCACCCCCUGGUGGCCCUGGGAUGUGCCCAGUGUAUGCAUUGGGAGCCGCCAUGGGAGCUCUCUGUGCUGUGACCGGCAGACUGCAGUGGGGCUGGGGCAUUUGGUUGGUCCCUCUGGUUUGAUAUAGGCUUUGGUGAUGAGGAAGGUCAGGGUGUGGGCUGCAGCUGUACACACCUCAGACCCCAGUCUGUAGGUCCAGGUGCAUUCCCCUUACCUUCUUGCUGACCUUGGGAAGUUGGAGACCAAGGGUCUGGGGGUGCCUGGGGACCCCGCCGUGCACUUGCUGUGAAAAGCCGCCUGUCCCUUCUCAUGAAAUAACCCAUUCUCUCCCAGUUUCCCUCCAGGAAUUCCUGGGCAGGCAGAGAGCUCCAGCCUUGGGCUCCCUCAGCCCCUCACAACCUUGGCCAAAUGCCCAAGGACUCAGUUCCUUCCAUUGCCCAAUGAGGAGAAGAGCGAACCCACCUUGCAGGCUUUGAGGACCAGAGAGCGUGUGUGUAAGAACAUCAGGUCAGUGCCCGCCGGUCAGGAUGACAGGACCCAGCAGGCACUGCUCAGGUGGUUUCUUUGCAACUAUACCGCUUAUCCAGCAGACCCGAGCUCACACCCACUCCGUAGAGUUAGAUCCCCAACAGUGCACUCUGAGGACUCCCAGAGCUGGGGUAGAGACACCUAGCGGGAGGGAACGCCUGUCUCGGAGGGAGGGGCUGGAAGCUGGUCUUCCACCUCCGAGGGCAGGUAGGUGCACUGCAUCUUUAUGCAAAGCCAACACUGAGCCAUUGCCAAGGGCAUCCCUGGGGAGACCCUGGUAAAGGAGGCUGCUCCGCAUGUCCCCCAAGAGAUGGAACAUGAGAUGGCCACCGGGAACAGGGAUGCAUCAUAAAAGCAUACGUGGCCACCUUACAAUACUGCUGAAUUGCCAAACCAUAUAAACUUACUAUUUGAGUUCUAUUUUUAUAAAAUAGUUCUAGAUUUAUGGCAAUAUGUAUAUGUGUAUUUAUAGCCCUUCAACUUUAAUUUAUAGUUUUGUGCUUUGAAGAAAUAUAUGUCUGAUUCAGGAACUGUAUAUUGAAAAUAUUAUAUUCAAAGUAUUUAAAGCCUAUUCAAUAAAAUGUCAUGCCAAGAAAGAGGACUUUGGCCGUUGCUUCUGUGCAGAAAUGCUACACAAUGCAGGGCUGCAAAUCCUGGGACCUGAGUCCGCAGUUCCUUGGCCCACAUCUGGGGUCCGCCUCCAGCAGCAGUGAUGUGUGUUGGAAAGAUGUAGGGGCUCUGGGGUGGGUUUUUGGCACAGUGGUUGAGACACCACUUUGGGGGUCGCCGUAUUCCAUAUCGGAGGGCCUGACUCCCCACUUGGCUUCCC